GGGCUUACAGUCAGUCCCCAUUGUACAGAUCCAAGAGCUGUAAAGAUGUCUGGCAAGAAGGAAGUGGUAACCAGAGCUUCUCUCCUUGAACAGCUCCUGGCCAGAAAGAAAUUUCAAGAGCUCGGGGACCACCUUGCUGAACUAGAAACCAUGCACAUGACCACAGCGAUUCUCCAGGAAACCAAUGUUAUCAAAGUUGUGUAUGCGGUUCGCAGAAAUUGCCCUAUAGUGGCUUUUAAGAAGAAAGCCAAAUGUUUAUUAGCAAAGUGGAAAGCGCUUCAUAAGAAUACCCACCUUCAAGCAACAAGCAUUACAGGGUUAUCUCCAGAAAGCGGUGAUGACGACAUUGGACGUUUUACUGCAGUUCAGGAAGAAACUUUGGGGUCCUUACAACAGCGAAGUAAGGAUGAAAUGUUAAGCGUGGAGAGUUUGAAUUCUUUGCUGCCUUCCCAGAGUGUUCCGGCGGAUGUUGCGGGGGUCGUGUCAAAAGUCAGUGAGACGCGAGUUGGGGCUCUGGAACCUCGUAGCAAUGAUCCUUUCCCCGUUGGUGGUGAAUCGAGCUCGAGUCAGGAUCCCGUGAUAUCUGUAAGACGUAAAGCUGUGGGGCUUCUGCAAGAAGCCUUAACUGAUCCUUCCUCUGACCAGUCAGAAAUUGAUCAGGGGCAAAAACUGGCCAGAGAAAUUGAAGAACACAUUUAUGCUAUGUAUUCUAAAACUAUCAAGAAGUAUAAAAAUUGCAUCAGAAGCAAAGUUUCCAAUUUGAGGAACGCAAAAAACGUGCAUUUGCAACAAAACCUUAUCUCCGGGAGCCUGACUACCAAGGCUUUUGCUGAAAUGACGGUCAUGGAAAUGGCAAGUGACGAACUGAAGCAGCUGAGGGCUUCGUACACAGAAACCUGUGUGCAAGAGCAUCAUCUUCCUCAAGUACUUGAUGGCACCCAGACAAACAAAAUCAAAUGUAGGCGCUGUGAGAAAUUUGACUGCAAGGUCACCGUGAUUUCCAGAGGGACCCUCUUCCUCCCAAGUUGGGUGCGGAGGGCAAACCCAGAUGAGCAAAUGAUGACAUACGUCAUUUGUAAUGAAUGUGGGGAACAGUGGUACCAUAGCAAGUGGGUUUGUUUGUGACACUGAGCAAAUGGUUAGUUAACCGAGUAUAAACGCCAUUAGCGACCAGCCUGCCGGGUAAAAGAAUUCAAUCGGCUAAAAUCCGCCUUUUCCUCUCUAUCCAAACUGC